AUGACUGAGUUAUUGGCUCAGUGUCUGGAACAUCUCACCGACCUCAAAGAUGCUCUGCGACUGACCGUUUUUCUUCUUGUUGUCGCCUGCGCUGUGAUUUGGGGGAUUUAUGAGUUCUUUCGACCGGUGGAUAAGCGACUCUCCCCCGGGGGCAAACCAUGGAAACUUCCUCCAGGCCCACGUGGCCUUCCCAUUAUUGGUAAUCUACGAUACCUUGCGAAAGGGAAAUUCGCGGCGAGGGAUCUGGCCAAAUACGGUGAAAUGGCCACAGUCCAUUGCGGAUCCAAGCUGUGGGUGACUCUCAACACGUCUCGUGUGGCAAAUAUCAUCUACAACCGCAAAGGCCUCAUCACCAACGGACGGCCACCAUAUCCAGUGGUGGGCGACCUAAUCAGCGUUGGGAAAAGGACCAUUCUCCAGCCCACCGAAGAGUGGUCGGACAAACGCCGGGUGAUGCAUCAGUUAUUGACUGGCACAGCCGUGGCCAAGUACGAGGAAUACCAGGAGCUGGAAAGCGUUCAGUUGUUGGCAGAGUAUCUGUUCAGGCCUGACGAAUGGUACCGACACCAUUCCCGAUAUGCUAACAGUGUCAUCCACCGCAUAACACUGGGCGAACGAGUGGGGUCAAGACAUGAAUCCUAUGAAGGUGUAUUCAACGCCCAAAAGGCGUUUACCUCCAACAUCCCACCACACAACAUCAUUGACUGCUUUCCCGAGCUGGCGAAGCUUCCACGUUUCCUGCAUUGGUGGCAUCGAAAGUACGCGGCUAUUGGGAAAUUCACUUUCGAUGCAUAUAGCCAAUACUGGGCCCCUGUCAUCACGGCUAUCAAGUCGGGGACAGCACCAAGAUCGUUUGCUCAGGAUAUUCUUGUUGGGAAGGAAGCAAAAUUCACAGGUUCCGAGACGGAUGGCAUGUUUUUGGCCCUCCAACUGAUUGAGGCCGGCGCCGAUACAACUCGGAUGUCGCUCAAUAUCUUUACUUUGGCGGCCUUGUGUAAUCCAGAGGCUUUUCAGAAAGCUCGGGCUGAAGUCGACAAAGUAUGUGGCGCCAACGCCGAGCGGCUUCCGAUGCUUGCCGAUGAAAAGGACAUGCCGUACAUUUGCGCGCUCUCCAAAGAACUUCUCAGAUGGAAGCCUAUCUUUACUUGGACCCCGGAGCACAUGUUGACGGAGGACGUGGAGCUGGAGGGCUACCAUUUUCCAAAGGGCACCAACUUUGUUCUCAAUCAUAUAGCACUGUGUGAAGAAUGCGAGCAGCCUGAAGUGUUCCGACCAGAACGAUGGCUGGACGGACAUGAAUCCAACAUCCUUCAUGGUGUAUGGCAAUUUGGUGGAGGUCGCCGGGUUUGCGUGGGCUACAGACUUGCCCAAAAGUCCCUGUUCAUCAAUAUUGCACGCUUGGUUUACUGCUAUGACUACGAAGCGACUGGACCGGUUGAUACUUCGAAUAUAGGCAUCCAUACCCUUGGCGAGCCUUUUCCAGCCAGAGCAAACCCACGCAGUAAAGCGCAUCGCGAGCUCGUUGUACAAUCCGCCGAAAAGUUUGGGGUCUUGCAGUAUGCAAAAGAGACGUAA